AAGAGCUGAAGAGGUUAGGAGUCACGCAUAACAAUGGAGGUUUAAUUGCUUGCGCUCCUCGGCUCUUUAAUGUCCACCACCUCUACCCGCGCGUCCGCUUCCGCGCGCACGCACUAACCUGGCUAGGGUUCGCUCGGCGGGGAGAACGACACUACGGCGCGGAGCUCCUCGUCGUCGUCACCGGCGUCGGCCGCGGGCGCCCCACGCCUUCUUCUCCGGCAUUGCUGGAGAGGAGAUGAUGGCGAGCUCUACCAAGCAGCAGCAGCUGCUGCUGCAGAGGAAGGGGAAAGCCGUGGCCGAGAAGGGCGCACCGGCUGCUGCGGAGAAGGUGGUCGUGGCGGUGCGUGCGGCCACGAGGGAGAUCUCGAAGACGGCCAUCGUCUGGGCCUUGACGCACGUUGUGCAGCCCGGCGGCAACAUCAUACUCCUCGUUGUCAUCCCAUCGCAAAGCUCAGGCAGGAAGUUCUGGGGCUUUCCACUAUUUGCGGGGGAUUGCGCAAGUGGCCAUAAGACCAUGUUGGAUCAGAAGUCAGAUAUCUCAGAGUUGUGUUCUCAAAUGAUGCUUAAACUUCAUGAUGUUUAUGACGCAAACAAGAUAAAUGUGAAGAUUAAGGUUGUUUCUGGGUCCCCUUCUGGUAUUGUAGCUGCUGAGUCUAAGCGAGCACAAGCAAGCUGGGUUGUGCUAGAUAAGGAAUUGAAGCAUGAAGAGAAACGUUGUGUUGAAGAGUUACAGUGCAACAUUGUUGUCAUGAAGCGUUCUCAACCUAAAGUUCUCCGGCUGAAUCUUGUGGGAUCUCCCGAUAAAGAGUCCAAAGGAUCCUGUUCACUUCCACCAGUGUUGGAUAGUUCUGUUGGUAAAACAGCAACUGACGCAAAAGAGCCGCGGAGUUCAGUUCGAGGACCAGCUGUAACACCAAAUAGCAGCCCAGACUUGGAGACGCCAUUUGGAAGUACUGAAGCCGGAACUUCCUCUGUCUCAAGUUCAGAUCCCGGGACAUCUCCAUUUUGUGCUUCUGAAACAAAUGGCUCUCUGAAGAGUGCUUCUGAAACAAAUGACUCUCUGAAGAAAGAGGCACAAGCAAAAAAGGAUAAGAUCCAGCAUUCUGAUGUCAAUAUUUCUGAUACUGACAGUGAAACAUUGAGUCCCUCAGCAGCCUUUUCACUUGAGCCAUGGAUGGUCGACAUUCUACAGGGAUCUGCCUCAAGAUCACUCGGAAAACCUCCACGAAAAACUCGCACCCCAACAGCAGAUACUUUGCUUGAUAAGAUCUCCAAGCUGGACCUCUUGAAUGAAAUUAGUUCUAUGAGAAGCAGAUCAGAUUUAAACUUCCGAGGAAAUGUUAGGGAUGCUGUCUCAUUAGCAAGGAGUGCACCUCCUGGACCACCUCCAUUGUGUUCAAUAUGUCAGCACAAGGCACCUGUUUUUGGAAAACCUCCUCGGUGGUUUAGUUAUGCUGAACUCGAACUUGCAACCGGUGGUUUCUCCCAGGCAAAUUUCUUGGCUGAGGGUGGAUUCGGAUCUGUUCACCGAGGUGUCCUUCCUGAUGGACAGGCAAUUGCUGUCAAGCAGCAUAAGCUUGCUAGCUCCCAGGGUGAUGUUGAAUUCUGCUCAGAGGUGGAAGUUCUUAGUUGUGCACAACACCGGAAUGUUGUGAUGCUGAUUGGUUUCUGUGUUGAGGAAAGGAGGCGGUUAUUAGUUUACGAGUACAUUUGCAACGGAUCCUUGGAUUCACAUCUUUAUGGUCGUAAUAAUAAAGAAACAUUGGAAUGGGCUGCUAGACAGAAGAUUGCUGUUGGUGCUGCUCGAGGUUUGCGGUACCUACAUGAGGAAUGUAGAGUUGGCUGUAUAAUCCAUCGCGACAUGAGACCAAACAACAUACUCGUCACACAUGAUUUUGAACCUCUGGUUGGAGAUUUCGGUCUGGCGCGAUGGCAACCUGAUGGAGACAUGGGCGUCGAUACAAGAGUCAUCGGCACAUUUGGUUAUCUGGCACCAGAAUAUGCUCAGAGUGGACAAAUAACAGAGAAGGCUGAUGUCUACAGUUUUGGGGUUGUGUUAGUAGAACUUGUCACUGGACGCAAGGCUGUUGAUAUUACCCGGCCAAAGGGCCAGCAAUUUCUGACUGAAUGGGCACGCCAUCUCUUGGAGGAGCAUGCAAUUGAUGAGCUUAUAGACCCACGCUUGGGGGACCGGUACAGCGAAAAUGAGGUCCGUUGCAUGCUGCAUGCAGCAAACCUGUGCAUACGACGUGAUCCUCAUUCAAGGCCUCGCAUGUCUCAUGUUCUUCGCCUACUAGAGGGUGACAUGGUUGUCGAUUCUGUCUCUGUUUCGGCCCCAAGUAGUGAUUCUGGGAGCAGGAGCUGGCGAAUGGCAAACGAUCAACAGCGUUAUCAGGAUUACAGCAGCCCAGCUCGGCAAGAUUCGCAGCGCGUGGUUGAAAGAAAACAAUCUUAUGACGCUUUGAGGGCUGCCUGGGACCGAGACAAGAAGAGCAUUUCUAACAGAUACUAAUGCUCUUACGAAAAGACCAGUGAAGUUUGGCAAUUCAAUUAUGUAUUAUUCCUUGCCCUCUCCUAGCCUACCCCUCUAUUUUCUAGCAAUCGUAGAGCCUUUGCUUCUACCUUAUGCUGGUGUAUAGUAGAAAUGCCAAUAGGUUUACAAGUAUAUUGAGCUCUGAGUUAGCUCUUAUUUUGUGCAUCAAUCUGGGAAAUGUGAUCUGAAAUGACAAAGCUGCGGGUAAAUCUCAGUAACCCCAUUGUACCUGCAAAUUAAUCUGCAAUGCAAGGUAAUAUAAAUAUCAGAAGUUCUGUAAGUA